CUUUACUGAUGUACUGUUUAUUUAUUGUAGUGUGAAGUGUAAUGCUUUAACAUGCUGAGUACUGUAGCACUGAGUGACUGAACACUCGAACACAGUUUCCAUGGCGCUGACGGAGCUGUACACUAAGUAUAACAGAGUAUGGGUGCCUGAUGCAGAACAGGUGUGGAAAUCUGCAGAAAUCCUAAAGGACUACACACCAGGAGAUCAAGUUUUACUGCUACAACUAGAGGAUGGAACUGAAGUCCAGUACCCGGUGGAGAGUGAUGGCCAACUACCUCCACUCCGUAACCCAGACAUCCUGGUGGGGGAAAACGACCUGACUGCGCUAAGCUAUCUCCAUGAACCAGCUGUGCUACACAACCUGUGUGUCAGAUUUGUGGACUCUAAAAUCAUCUACACAUACUGUGGCAUUAUCCUAGUGGCAAUUAACCCAUAUAAACAGCUCCCUAUUUAUGGAGAUGCAGUCAUCCGUGCUUAUUCGGGUCAGAAUAUGGGAGAGCUGGACCCUCAUAUAUUUGCUGUGUCAGAAGAAGCUUACAAACAGAUGGCAAGGAACAACAGGAAUCAGUCCAUCAUAGUCAGCGGGGAGUCUGGAGCAGGGAAGACUGUAUCAGCUCGUUAUGCUAUGAGAUACUUUGCGAUGGUCAGCAAAUCCAGCAGUAAUGCACAAGUGGAGGACAAGGUUUUGGCAUCGAACCCUAUCACGGAGGCAAUAGGUAAUGCAAAGACCACUAGGAAUGACAACAGCAGUCGUUUUGGAAAGUAUACUGAAAUCAGCUUUGAUAGGCGAUACCAGAUCAUCGGAGCCAACAUGAGGACGUACCUGCUAGAAAAGUCCAGGGUUGUGUUUCAGUCAGAGAAUGAAAGGAACUAUCAUAUCUUCUAUCAGAUGUGUGCUUGUGCAGACCAGCCAAAAUUCAAGCACUUAAGACUGUUAAGCGCAGACCAGUUUAAUUACACCUGCAUGGGAGGGGAGACAGAGAUCCAGGGAGUGAAUGACUCUGCCGACAUGACUGAAACCUGCAGAACUUUCACUCUACUGGGACUGAAGGAUGACUUUCAAAGGGACGUUUUCAAGAUGUUGUCAGGAAUUUUGCACUUGGGCAAUGUGGUGAUCAAAGCAGUUGGCUCGGACCAGUCAUCAGUCAGUUCUAAGGACUAUCACCUGGGUGUGUUCUGUGAUCUGCUAGAAGUCAGACCCGAACAUAUGUGUCGUUGGCUGUGUAAUCGGCGUAUUGUCCUGGCCUCUGAGACUGUGGUCAAACCACAGCCCAAGGAGCGUGCAAUCAAUGCCCGUGAUGCAUUGGCCAAGCACCUUUAUGCCUACCUGUUCGACUGUAUCAUCCAAAGGAUUAAUCAGGCCCUGCGUGUGCCUGGUAAACAACACUCUUUCAUUGGAGUACUGGAUAUCUAUGGAUUUGAGACAUUUGGUGUGAACAGUUUUGAACAGUUUUGCAUUAACUAUGCCAAUGAGAAACUGCAACAACAGUUCAACUUGCAUGUUUUCAAACUGGAGCAGGAGGAGUACAUGAAGGAGGACAUCCCCUGGACACUAAUUGAUUUCUAUGACAACCAACCAGUCAUUGAUCUUAUUGAGGCCAAGAUGGGCAUCCUGGACUUGCUGGAUGAGGAGUGUCUGUUUCCACAAGGCACUGAUAAGAACUGGCUGCAAAAGCUCUAUAACUAUCUGAGCUCAAAUCCUAUGUUUGAGAAACCUCGCCUUUCUAAUGAAGCUUUCGUGAUCCAGCACUUUGCAGACAAAGUGGAAUAUCAGUGUAAAGGUUUCUUAGAGAAGAACAGAGACACACUUUAUGAAGAGCUGGUGGACAUAAUGCGAGUUAGCAAGUUUCCUCUCUUGGCAGAUUUCUUUCAUGAAGAGAAACAAAAUUAUGUUACCAAGGGUGUCAAAGUAAAAGCAGCACGACCUGGAGUUAAAUCAACCAACAAGCAGCUUAAAACCACCGUAGGAGACAAGUUUCGGAGUUCUCUGUAUUUGUUAAUGGAAACGCUGAAUGCUACUACGCCUCAUUACGUCCGCUGCAUUAAGCCUAACGAUGAGAAGCUGCCAUUUGAAUAUGACUCAAAGCGUGUGGUGCAGCAGCUUAGAGCCUGUGGUGUGCUAGAGACCGUUCACAUCAGCUCUCAGAGCUAUCCGUCAAGGUGGACGUAUAUUGAGUUCUACAGCCGCUACAGUAUUCUGAUGAGCCGGGCAGAGCUUAAGCUGGAAGACAAGAAGCAAACAUGUAGAACAGUGUUGCAGAGACUCAUCCCAGACGCUAACCAGUAUCAGUUUGGACGGACCAAAAUCUUCUUCCGGGCAGGGCAGGUGGCGUAUCUAGAGAAGCUGCGUUUGGAUUAUUUACGUACUGCAUGUGUGACCAUCCAGAAGCACUUAAGAGGCUGGAUCCAAAGACGCAGAUACCUGCUCAUUAGACAAGCUGCCAUCACCAUCCAGCAAUACAUUCGUGGCAAAAGAAAAAUCAGACAUACAAUAACAGCUGCAGCGUUAAAGCAGGCCUGGGCAGCAGUGGUCAUCCAGAGAUACUUUCGUGGCUAUCUUGUACGCCGGCUUUAUCAACUUAUCCAGGUUGCUACAAUCACUAUUCAGGCAUAUACCAGGGGAUGGAUGGCCCGCAAACGCUACAAAAAGAUGGUGGCAGAGAAUAAAGCUCUGGUUCUACAAAAGUAUGCUCGGGCCUGGCUGGUACGCCGACGAUUCCAGACCAUGCGUAGGCUUGUCUUAAACGUGCAGCUUUCCUACAGAGUUCAGCAGCUCCGUAAGAAAUUAGAAGAACAGAGUAAAGAGAGCCGUGGUCUGAUGGAGAGACUCACUAGUCUGGCCAACACUCAUGCUCAGGGAUUGGAAAAGGUGCAGGCCCUGGAGGCGGAGCUCAGCAAAGCAGUUAAUGAGAGGGCAUUUAUAGAGGAAAGGGAGAAAAAGAGUACAAAGAAGGCUAAUCAAGUGAUUACUCAGCUUCAGGAACAGAGGAAUAAAGUCAGUCUAGAGAAUCAAGCUCUUCAGCAGAAACUUAAAGACUCCAUACAGAAAAUGACAGACAAUUUUGAAGAAUUGAGGAAAAAGCUUAUAGAGGAGCUACAGAAAGAAGAGAGGCUGCGAAAGGUGGCAGAGAAUAUCAAUGAGCUGCAGAAGGAGGACUUUGAUAAAGAGAUUGCUGCACUGAAGGAGGAGAGUCGCAGGGCCAUGGAACAAAAGUUCCAGAUGCAAACACAGGCUGAGGAGGACAUGAAGAUUAACAAUGAUCUCCAAGAACAGCUUGUUCAACUAACCAAGCAUGUCAAGGUGAUACCAGAGUUACGUAAGGAGAUUUUCAAUCUCCAAACUGAGAGAGAUGAAGCAGAUAAAAAGAUGAAGGAGCAAACCCAGCAAACCAGAGAAAAUCUAAGUAUGGUAAUGAGACAGCUUCUCGGGAAGGCGAAAGAGGAGGACUUCAUUCACAGGCUAGAAAAUAAGGCCACAGAAAAUUCUGCUGAUGAGGAAGAUCUUCUGUAUGUCUUUGAUGGACUGCACAACGCCACCAGGCUGGUGGAGACUCAGAUCCGGGAGCAAAAGGAAGGCUACGAGAGUAAGCUGCAGGCAAUGGUUUUUAAAAAUGAUCACCUUACCCGAGAAAACCAGCAGCUGCAAACUCUCUUUCAGGAGAAGACUGACGUCAAUCUCAGCAUUGGACAGGAAGUGGCCCGCCUAACAUCUGAAAAUAUGGUGAUCCCAGAACUGAAGCAACAGGUAGCAGAGUUGCAGCGACACAAACAAGAACUCGAAGCACAGCUAUCUGAGCAAAGCGCCCAGCUGACUGAUAAAAUGACACGUUUAGUGAAUGAUCUUCAGAGUAAACUUAAGGAGGAAAUCUCCCAGAGAAGGCUCUUGGAGGAGACAAACCGAGAGAGUGAGAGAGAAAGGAGUGAGAUGGAGAGCAGGUUGGAGGAACUAAAAGGAGAAAUUGACCAGCUUAAGAAAUCUCAGCAAACAGAUAAUGAAGCCAAAAACAAACUCAGAAAGGAGAUUUCACGACUUACUGCUGAAAACAUGGACUUUGAGGAGCAAUUAGAUAUGAAAGACAGCACAAUAAAGAGGCUGCAGGACCAAAUCAAAGCUCUACAUGCACCUGCAAAAGCGAGUGAGAAAGCUACUCCAAAUGUUCCCAAAGAAUACCUUGGCAUGUUGGCGUAUAAAAAAGAGAAUCAGGACAAACUUGUGCGGAUGUUAAUACUGGAGCUGAAGCCACGGGGAGUGGUGGUGAAUAUGAUACCUGGAUUGGCUGCCCAUCUGCUGUUUAUGUGCAUUCGUCAUGCUGACUACCUCAACGAUGGAGACAAACUGAAGUCUCUCAUGCAUGCCAUAAUCAGUGGUAUUAAACAGGUCAUCGCGGACCAUCAGGGAAACUUUGAGAUCUUGUCUUUUUGGCUGUCCAACACCUACCACCUGCUCAACUGCCUCAAACAGUACAGUGGAGAUGAGGAAUUUAUGAAGCACAACACACCUCGACAGAAUAAGAACUGCCUGCAAAACUUCGACCUCUCCGAGCACAGGCAGAUCUUUAGCGAUCUAGCCAUCUGCAUCUAUCACCAGUUCAUCAAUAUCAUGGAGGAUGGCCUCUUCCCUAUGAUUGUCCCCGCCAUGUUGGAGCAUGAAAGCCUGCAGGGCCUCUCAAGCAUGAAGCCCGCAGGGUUUCGUAAGCGCACCAACAGUGUGCUGGAGGAUGGGUCUAAAGAAAGUCAGGGCCAAAGCUACAACAUCAACUCCAUCCUGCAGCUGCUGAGCACCUUUUACAGCUGCAUGGCACAGCAAGGCAUGGAGCCACAGCUGCAGGGUCAGGCCUUCCGCCAGCUCUUCUACCUGAUAGGAGCCACAUCACUCAACAGCAUUCUCCUCCGCAAGGACCUGUGCUCCUACCGGAAAGGAAUGCAGAUCAGGUGUAAUAUCAGUUAUUUGGAGGAGUGGUUGAAGGAAAAGGGCCUCCAGGCAAACAGUGUUAUGGAAACUCUGAGGCCGCUGUCCCAGACUGCCUGGCUGCUGCAGGUGAACAAAACCACUGAUGAUGAUGCAGUUGAGAUCCAGCAGAGAUGCCAUGAACUCUCAUCUGAACAGAUUGUGAAGAUCCUGAACUCAUACACUCCUAUUGAUGAUUUUGAAAAGCGAGUUGCACCAUCGUUUGUGCGUAAAGUUCAGGCGCUGUUGCAGGAGCAUGAGGGCUCAAGCCAGCUGAUGAUGGAUGCUCAGUAUCGCUUCCAGGUCACUUUUCCUUUCUGCCCAUCCACGCAAGCUCUGGAGCUGCUGCAGGUGCCUGGUAGCCUCAACCUGAGCUUCGUCACCCGCAUAUAAUCAUCUAACUGUGAUCUCAGACUGAAUUCUAGCCAUCAAAAUAAUGAAUAGUAGGGUGUUAAAAUUCAGUUUUCCAUAGACUGAUUGAAAUGCUGUGUAUUAAUCAAGUUAUUUUAGACCAUUUAGUGCUAUGACAGUCAUGAUCUAUGGCUUUUCCCUCCCUUUUUAUAGUAUGAAGUGUUAACAUAUUAAUAUACAAAGCCAUGAACAAAAUGUAAUUGUAUUUUUUCUGGCCACUUUCCAAUAAUUUAAAUUUAUAUAAGCAAGACAUUACUUAUACAGUAUUAUUCUAUCCAUUUUCUUUAACAUUUGAUUAUUAUUGAUUAAAAUAAAAACAAUACUAUUUUUAAAAAACAAUAUCAUUAAA